AUGACAACAGUGAGCGUGACAGGAAGUAGGAAAGGUCUCCCUGACCAGCUGUUCAACACCACACCUAGCAUGACAACAGUGAGCGUGACAGGAAGUAGGAAAGCUCUCUCUGACCAGCUGUUCAACACCGCACCUAGCAUGACAACAGUGAGCGUGACAGGAAGUAGGAAAGGUCUCCCUCACCAGCUGUUCAACACCUCACCUAGCAUGACAACAGUGAGCGUGACAGGAAGUAGGAAAGCUCUCUCUGACCAGCUGUUCAACACCGCACCUAGCAUGACAACAGUGAGCGUGACAGGAAGUAGGAAAGCUCUCCCUGACCAGCUGUUCAACACCGCACAUAGCAUGACAACAGUGAGCGUGACAGGAAGUAGGAAAGCUCUCCCUGACCAGCUGUUCAACACCGCACAUAGCAUGACAACAGUGAGCGUGACAGGAAGUAGGAAAGCUCUCCCUGACCAGCUGUUCAACACCGCACCUAGCAUGACAACAGUGAGCGUGACAGGAAGUAGGAAAGGUCUCCCUGACCAGCUGUUCAACACCGCACCUAGCAUGACAACAGUGAGCGUGACAGGAAUGUGGUUGUGUUUAGAAAAGAAGCUGACUGGAGGGUCAUUGGCAUGGCGUUUUGGUCUAUGA